AAAAGUAGCUUUUCCUCUUUCACUUCGUCUCCUCUCCUCUCCUCUCCUCUCCUCUCUCUCUCUCUCUCUCCUCCUUUCUCUUUGUGGUUUCGAUCUUCGACAGCUCGCAAUCUGAAUCGGAAUUAUUUUCGUUCUCGUAUUGAUAUUGGAAUAAAUGUGGGCUUAUGUUGAAGGAAUCAGAGGAGUUUGAUGAAAUAGAACGGACUUUGUAAGAGUUGUUACUGAAGUAUUUUAAGGAAUUGUAGAAGAUGGCGUGUAGGGGUUUUUUGGAGUGUCUAUUGAAGCUUCUGAACUUCUUGUUGACUCUUGUGGGUCUGGCCAUGGUGGGCUAUGGGAUCUACUUGUUUGUUGAAUACAAAAGAGCAGCUUCUGGUGGUAGCACUUCUAUUGAGCCUACUAGUGAUGAUGUGAUGCAGCUUGGUCGGCCUAUGAUGAUCGCCGUGUCUAUGUCAAGUAGCAUUUUUGAUAACCUGCCAAAAGCUUGGUUCAUAUAUUUGUUUAUCGGUAUUGGUGUGGUUCUCUUCGUCAUAUCUUGUUUUGGUUGUAUUGGAGCAGCAACAAGGAAUGGAUGCUGCCUCACAUGUUACUCCAUAUUGGUUAUCUUGUUGAUCUUGGCGGAACUGGGGUGUGCAGCUUUCAUAUUUUUUGACAAAAGCUGGAUAGAUGAAAUUCCAACUGACAAAACUGGAGUCUUUACUAUGAUAUAUGAUUUUCUUGAAGAGCACUGGAACAUUGUCAAAUGGGUUGCUCUUGGGGUUGUUAUUUUGGAGGCUUUGGUAUUCUUAUUAGCGCUUGUGGUGAGGGCUGCAAACAGACCAGUAGACUAUGACAGUGAUGAUGAGUAUAUAGGUGGCCCAAGGCAACAAAUCCAUCAGCCAUUGAUCAACAACAGGGCACCAGUUCCAACCACCGGGGUCCCUGUUGCUGGUACUCUUGAUCAGGGUCCAAGCAGAAAAGCACUCCGAAAUGACGCUUGGAGCGCACGUAUGAGGGAAAAGUAUGGGCUUGAUACUGCCGAGUUUACAUACAACCCGUCCGAGUCAAACAGGCACCAGCAGGCAGCAGCACAGCCAGCAGAGGAAAGGAGUCGAUGCACCAUCAUGUGAUAAUCAUCAGGGUCUUGCUAAAGUUUGAAAUUGAGUCAGUUCUGGAAACUAUUUUCUUUGACUGGUGUGACUGACAUUGUAUUUUCAGAAAACAAAUCUUUUUUCAUCUUCUUGAGUUUGUACAAAACACAUUCCUAUUUGGUGUGUGAAAUGAUGUAGCACCAUUCGGGUUUUUCAUGACAAUGAGUUCAGAUCUUGUACCGAGUUAUGAGAGAAUCACCGACUUGAACUGGGUAGACCUAAGCCAUUUAGCUUCUGGUUAUUCAACUUGUUUAGCAUUGUUUGAGUAGUGUCUAUAUUGUGGUAAAAUUUAUUAAGUUGGCUGGAUCAUCGUCUGUGAGUCGCUUGUGAAGUCCCUAAAAGUUUAAAGUUUGAGAAGAAUAGUUCCCCUCUUGAAUGUGUAUGGAUCUUCAAUGCAUUCUAACCAAAGUUUCUAAAUUCA